AUUGAUGCAACCCAAUAUGAAAAUCAAGUAGAUGAUAAAGAUGACCAAAUCUUUUUAGAUAACAAAUUUGAAGAGGAUUUUGAUUUAGCUAAAAAAAAUAUUUAUCUUGCAAAUGAUAGUUUAGCUAAAUAG